CGGAGCCCAGCAGGUGUUGUUUCUGUUUUCGGUUCAUUGGGAAGGAUGAGUACAGUGGUACCAUUUCCUGACCUCAACCUAAUGCCGGCUUCUCAAUCCUCCACCGCCGGAACCACAGCCGGCGACACUGUAGUCACCGGGAAGCUAGAAGUUAAGGCCGAGCCAAUUGAAGAAUGUCAAACUCCGCCUUCUUCAUUCUCCGAUCAAUCAGCCAGUGCCGAUCUCAUCGCCGAGUUUAUACGUAUCUCCAAGCUCUUCCGUUCGGCAUUCAAGCCGCAUCAGAUUGAAGGAUUAGACGGCGUUUCUGUUUACGGUUUGGAUUCCGGUGCGAUCGUCGCUGUACCAGAGGAAGAUAACCGGGAAUUGAUUGAACCGCCUUCAGGAUUUGGGAAUAAUCGAGUAUCAACCGUCGUUGUCUCGUCUCCUCCUCCUCCGAAAUUCGAGAGACCGAAAGAGCUGGCGAGAAUUGCAAUUCUAGGUCAUGAUCAGCGGAAAGAACUCCGACAAGUAAUGAAACGAACUCGGAUGACUUAUGAGUCUCUUCGUAUUCAUCUAAUGGCGGAGAGUAUGAAGAACCCUGUACUUGGUCAAGGGCGUAGACGGAGGAGCGAUAUGGCGGCUGCGUAUAUAAUGAGGGAUCGGGGACUAUGGUUGAACUAUGAUAAGCAUAUAGUUGGUCCAAUCUCCGGGAUUGAGAUAGGUGAUAUUUUUUUCUACCGAAUGGAAUUGUGUGUGGUGGGCUUACACGGCCAGACACAAGCCGGAAUUGACUGUUUAACGGCUGAACGGAGUGCCACUGGAGAGCCUAUAGCUACCAGCAUUGUUGUCUCAGGUGGUUACGAGGAUGAUGAAGAUACAGGAGAUGUUCUGGUUUAUACUGGUCAUGGUGGUCAGGAUAAGCAACACAAGCAGUGUGAUAACCAGAGGCUAGUAGGUGGGAAUCUGGGAAUGGAGAGGAGUAUGCACUACGGUAUUGAGGUACGUGUGAUUAGAGGUAUUAAGUAUGAGAACAGUAUUAGCUCCAAGGUGUACGUAUAUGAUGGUUUGUAUAAGAUAGUAGAUUGGUGGUUUGCUGUGGGGAAGUCCGGUUUUGGGGUGUUUAAAUUUAGGUUAGUUAGAACGGAAGGGCAACCGAUGAUGGGCAGUGCGGUAAUGAGGUUUGCACAAACUCUUAGAAGUAAGCCGUUGAUGGUUAGGCCUACUGGUUAUGUUAGCUUUGACCUUUCUAACAAGAAGGAGAAUGUCCCUGUGUUUCUAUAUAAUGACGUAGAUGGUGAUCAAGAACCGAGACACUAUGAGUACAUUGCAAAAUCUGUCUUUCCUCCUGGAAUUUUUGGUCAAGGGGGGAUCAGCAGGACUGGCUGCGAUUGUAAGCUCUCCUGUACUGAUGAUUGUCUCUGUGCAAGGAAGAACGGUGGUGAGUUUGCAUAUGAUGAUAACGGGCAUCUAUUAAGAGGAAAGGAUGUGGUAUUUGAAUGUGGGGAAUUCUGCACGUGUGGUCCGAACUGUAAGAGCCGUGUGACACAGAAGGGAUUGAGGAAUAGGCUGGAGGUUUUCAGAUCGAAGGAAACCGGUUGGGGUGUCAGGACACUCGAUCUAAUAGAAGCUGGUGCUUUCAUAUGCGAAUAUGCAGGUGUUGUUGUCACAAGACAUCAAGCCGAGAUUCUGUCAAUGAAUGGGGAUGUUAUGGUCUAUCCUGGUCGGUUCACAGACAAAUGGCGUAACUGGGGUGAUUUAUCUCAAGUAUACCCAGAUUUUGUUAGGCCGGAUUAUCCAUCUCUCCCUCCCCUGGAUUUCGCAAUGGAUGUGUCAAGGAUGAGGAACGUGGCUUGCUACAUUAGUCACAGCAAAGAUCCGAAUGUGAUGGUGCAGCUUGUUUUGUACGACCACAACCACCUGAUGUUCCCCCGCGUGAUGCUAUUUGCGCUGGAGAACAUAUCACCGUUGGCCGAGCUAAGCCUGGACUAUGGCUUGGCAGAUGAAGUGAACGGGAAGCUCGCCAUCUGCAACUAGAUUUUACAAAGUUUGUUUUUGUGCUAUAGCUUGAACCUUGAGGUAAUUUCUCAUCAUAAUGUUGUUAUAUCCUUGGUCUCUCUGUCUUGCUCCUAUGGCAUUAAUCUGUGACAACAAUGAUGCAGAUGGAGAAAAUUUUGACAAAGCCUUUCUCUGUUCGUUUGCUCCUAUGACAUCCAUUUUUUGGGGGUAAAAACUUCUCUUUGACAAAUGUGUUGUACCUUUUUUCAUCAAUGUACUGAAAUUUUUGUAUGUUAGAGCUUAAGCUGAUACAAAAAAAACAAUGUAAUAGCAAAUCAACAAAACAUUCUGUAAUUUUUUGGUAUAAAAAGCUUUUGAAGUU